UGAGAGAAGGAAAGAAAAAAUUAAAUUUUUUAGAUUUAAAAACGGUUUUAACUGAGGAUGAAGAAUGUAUGAAUGAUGAAGCUCGUUUAGCCGUUUUACAUGCCCAUAAUAAAUACAGAUCUAAAUUGGCAUGUGGGGAAGUUACAGAUGCUUCGAACAAAACUCUGCCUGGGGGAAUAUUUCAUAAAUUUGUUAGUUUUUUGGAGUUUAUUCUGAAAGUCAUGUUCCACUCUGAUCUAGUGGUUUUGGCAUUUUCCUCCCUGAUCAUGUUCCUUUCUGAUAGAAAAAGUUUUACCAAAAUGAGUUUUAUUGAAACAAAAUUUGGUAACCCCGUAUUUCAUAAAGAAUCCCGGACGAUUCUUUAUGAAAGAGAGAACUACUGGUAAUAAGUUAUAUUUUAUUUGAAUAGAUUUACAACGUAACAAUGGAAAAACUUUCACAAAAUACCGCUAAUUGUUGUGAAAUGAAGCAUUCUAAUGAUACUUUAUAUGGCGAAAAUUUAUAUGCAAGUAGCUAUAAAAUGAAUAUUAGUAAGUUUAGUUAUCAGCUACAGAUCGAAAAAGCCUUUUUUCUCUCCGGAUCAGCUGUUUUUACUUUUUUGAUU